UGGCUCGGCAAUAAGAAUCAUGAGGCGGUGUGCUGAAGCCCGGUCCGUGGGAGGGGUCUGCCACAGCUUCCCCUCUGAUUGACCAGGGAGCAGAAGCAGCCGAGGAUGCGAGCAGCGACAGACGGGGAAAGAGGUACUCAGCAGACCGCACGUUGUUACUUAAUAACCGAUUGGCACACAAUAUGGUUGGAAUUGGAUUCAUUAGCCUGUCGCAUGGUUGCUAAGUGUUUUGGAGCAGCGAUUGGAAAGGCAAACAUAAGCGGAGCAGCGGAAAUUAUAUUAUGGCACUGUCUGUGUAUUGUCUUGGGAGUGAUUUAAUACUUGCUCAGCUGUACUUUAAAAUGCUUGCGGUGCAUGCAGGAGAAAUUAUGCCUGUGCAAAUACUUCAGAUGCAGGAAUAAAGUGGCUUUUCAGGUAGUUUAAACAUAUUUUUGUGUGCGUGUUUCACUGACAGAGACGGAUGCAUGGGCUUUGCAAAACGGGAAACCCAGCCCCGUGCUCAAAUGGCUGAUCUCGAACUGUUUGAUUGUCACCAGCCCGAUCUGAAAGACACCUCCCCGGGUUUAAAUCAGCAAAGUGUCAACGAGGCGCUUCAGGGCUCAGCGCCAUGGACAGAGACCCGGAGAGGCGCGCGUCCGGAGGAGGAAGCAGAGACAUGUUUCACCCGCAAACAGCGAGCUGAAGAUGAUGAUGUCAAACUGAUAGGGACAAGUCCACAAAACUGCACACUGAGUCAGAGCUCCUCGAGUGAACUGUACGAGGAGGAUUUGGUGGAGGAAGAUGAGGAGGAGGACAUCACGGAACUUUACUUGCUGUCCGACGAAGACCUCUCCUCUGAGGCUUCGGGGAAGUCUGUGGAUUACGGCUUCAUCAUCGCGGUGACAUGCCUGGUGACCGGUAUCUCUUUGGUCGCCAUAUCCUACACGGUCCCCAGGGAUGUGCGCGCCGACCCGGACAGUGUUUCCGCCCGGGAGAUGGAGCGGCUGGAGCGGGAGAAAGCCAGGGUGGGGGCCCAUCUGGACCGCUGUGUCAUAGCGGGGCUGAGCCUGCUCACCCUCGGGGGCGUGCUGCUCUCCACCCUGCUCAUGAUCUCCAUGUGGAAAGGGGAGAUGAUGAGGAGGAAAGCCUUUGCGUAUUCCAAACACGCAGCAAAGUUGUACGGAUCCAUUAAUCUGAGAGCUGGCUCGGAAUCCUGCUCACAUGUGUCAGGAACUGAGGAGGAUUUAGAAGUGCUCAGCUGAAUGCAUGGACAGAACGAGAGGAAAGACUCAGAACAAGUAUUCAGGAAAUCCUACUAGUGCUGUACUGUUAUCGUGGAUGUAGUGGGGGGUCCACCGCCCUUUUUUAAAUUUAAUUUCUAACCGUUACGUUUUGUUGGUAUGGAAAUGUUUAAAGGUCAUGUUUUCAUUUUUUCAAGACGGUCUUAUUUCAUUCCUCACAUGCCUUUAUGUACACUGACAGAGUUCAUGUUAGUCUGUUAUUGUUCCUUCUGUCCAUGCCGGCCUUGAACAGAUCACUUCAUAAUCUUCUCAAAUG